CCCUCUUUAUCUCUCAAAUUGCCGUUCAAGGCCUACGCUUCUUCCCCUUCCUCUCCCCACUCCGAACGGGCGAACCCUAGCCACCCUGCUCACUUCCUCGGCAUUGCGGAAGCUGAUCCUGCGGUCAAGGCGGCGGAGAAGAGAUGGUGGUGGUGUCCGGCGGCGGGGGGAACGCGUGGGCAAAGGAGAUGACCAUCCGCCGCAGGAUAGCCAGCAUAUUCAACAAGACGCAGGAACAUUUCCCUACUCUGAAGGACUACAACGAUUAUCUGGAAGAAGUUGAGGAUAUGACUUUCAACCUGAUUGAAGGGAUAGAUGUUGAAGCGAUCGAAGCUAAAAUUGCGAGAUACCAAAAGGAAAAUGCUGAGCAGAUAUUUUUGUCCCGAGCGAAAAGGGCUGAAGAUCUUGCGGCUGCACUAAAAGCAAGCAGGAUGAACCCUGUAAAGACCGACGCCGAUGAUACGGCUGCUGGGAGUUCCCAGGGUAUUAGCGGUGGGGCAGGAGUUCAGGGCCAGUAUGCGCCUGCUGCUGUCCCUGGCGGGGCUCAGCCUCGUCCCACAGGUAUGGCUCCUCAACCAAUCGGCGGUCGGUCAGAUCCUCUUCAAGGAGAUGAUGAGGAGACCAGGAGACUACGUGCGGAGAGAGCAGCACGAGCAGGCGGAUGGACUAUUGAAUUGAGUAAGAGGAGAGCGAUGGAGGAGGCGUUUAGUGCCAUAUUCCUCUAGAUCUGAUCCAAAAGCAGCACCUGGCCUGGUCGAAAGCCAGUAUAUUUAAGAUGGCCUUUGAACAACUACACGAUAUUGAAUGAUCUGUAAUUUUAUCAUCUUUUGUUUAUGGAGUUCUCGCUUAGGGUAUUCAAGUUCAUAUAUCAGUAUCAAGCAAACUAGCAGUUGCAAAAGCUUACUUUCUUUGCAAGCUGGGAAUUUGCAAAUUGUUUUUCACCUUGUCAGUCUCAGGUCAUCGUGACAGUCAGACAGGUAACUGUGCCUUACUGUCACUUGUAACUGUUCCUUCGUAAGGACAGGAUAUGCUUUACUAGCCUCGCCACCUCUCGAACAUUUUUUUUGUUCAUCUGAUGUUUUUUUUAGAAUUUAGUUGAAUCAAAUACUGUGGCCUGUUGCAA